GCCACGGAGGCGGCGGCGGGCUGCACGUGAACGGCGCGGAGUAGCGACAGAGAACGCCCGCCAGUCGUGGACCACACUUACUGGUCUCGGAGAGCGCUCGCCGACCUUGGAGAACGCCCGUCGGUCUCGGAUCACAUCCAACAGUCUCGAAGCACACCAAGCAGUCUCCGAGCACACUCAGCGGUCUCGGAGCACACCUAGAGGUCUCGGAGCACAUCCAGCGGUCUUGGAGCACACCCGGCGGUCUCGAGGCACGCCCUACGAUCUCGGAGCACGCAUUACGGUCUCGGAGCACGUCUGAUACGUCAGCCGCAAAGCACGUCUGAUCCCGGCCAGCGGCGAGCAGCACUCGCACCUGCCAUGAAGGUGGUUCGGCUGCUGGUGGUACUGGUGCUGGUAGUGCUGGCGGUGACGGCGACGGUGGGCGCCGCCCGAAGGAAGCGGUUCCGCUCGGUCAUGCCGCGGGCUAUGCGAGCCAUCAGCCGCGUCGGCAAGGGCUCGCACUCCCGGGAGCGUUUCCUGGCUAUCCCGCAGGUGCCCUACCCAUACUAUCAGAGGCCGAAGUACCGGUACCCGUUCUACGACCAGCACGGCAACGGGCACUUGCUUUACGGCUACGGUGACAAAAGGCUCUACAGCUACACAAAGUUCAAGCCGCUGGAGGGCUACAGCAAACGGCGCUAGAGGCUCCACUGCCAGGACACCCACACGCAGCCAUCUAGUCAGGCAGAGAGCACAGUUGCAGCGCGGCGUGAAGCCCAGACAGCGAGCGGACACUCCACGGAACAGCUGCGCGGCCGGGCCUCCUCCACGGAAGGGCUGCGCGGCCGGGGCUCCUCCACGGAACAGCUGCGCGGUCGGGGCUCAUCUACGGAACGGCUGCACAGACAGGGCUCCUCCACGGAACGGCUGCAUGGCCGGGGCUCCCCCACGGAACCGCUGCAGGGACGGAGCUCCUCCACGGAACAGCUGCGCGGCUCGUGCUGACCAGUUUCAGUUGUCAGGAGUGGACAUGUAGCACUGCGGCGCUCCAUUCACCGCUCCAGCCGUUCCUCUACGGAACGGCUCCACGGACAGGGCUCCUCCACGGAACGACUGCACGGCCGGGGCUCCUCCAUGGAACAGCUGCGCGGCCAGUGCUCCUCUACGGAACGGCCGCACAGACGGGGCUUCUCCACAGAACGGCUGUACGGGCGGAGCUCCUCCACGGAACGGAUGCACGGCCGGGGCUCCUCCACAGAGCGGCGGCAGAGCGUAGAGCAUGUGGCACGGACGCAGAGCAGUCGGCGGUGCAGUCGACGGGCCCGCUAGCUGAGAGCGGACCGCUGUCGCCAUCAGAGCAGCUGCCUCGUGAAGGGGGGGGGGGGGGAGCAGCAGACUAUCCAGCAGAGCGAAGACGGCGCCAGCCCAGAGCGGACAAACGUGGUGCGCGACGGUCGUGACGCGCUGGGCGGUCCGCGC